AUGCAUGAAUUAUUCCUCUCGGCGUCCGUGGAUAGCGAAGAUGUAUCCCAUUCUCUCCGUGUGCUCCAGGGCUAUUGUGGCAUGAUACCCCAGCACUUUAUCCGUCGCCGAUUAGUAUUCGAAGGUCCACGAAGUCGAAACAAUUUGAAAGGUCUUGACCCUUCCUUUCUGAAAGCCCAACCGCCGAAUAAACAAUUCUGGUGGAAAUCACUCAACGAGCAGCUGAUUCGUCAAUCUUAUGUUCUGACUCUGAUAUAUGAUGUGGAUAAAAAUCAAUUUGGUCAACCAGCAAAGGAGGUUGAUGGUGGAGAAGGUCAACCGGGUCUUCUCCCAUGUGAUGAGGUGCCAGGUACAUUGAGAUGGACCGAUCUUCCAGAUCCAGCCAAUGCUGCCGUCGUGAAUAGCAGAAUGUUCAUUGCGAUAGACAAUGAAAAGUCAUUAUGUAGACUUCUUCACGCAAGCAGUCACCGAUUCACACGGGAGAUUAUUCAAGAAAGUCACCGAACUGUUCAUAAUAAUAUAGUUUUCACACUUAGUCGCUACUUUGAAAUCCCUUCGGAGUUCCAAGAAGUUGAUGGUAGCUCACGCCCUAAAGUCAAUAGCAGGUUGCCUCCCUUCGAAUUGUUGGAGCCAUUUGAUGCCGAAGACAAGUGGAUUUUGACUGCUAGUAUUGAGGUUCAGAAUGGAGCUGAUCCUGAUCAUAUGAAGAGUGCAAUGACAGAGCUAUCGGGAGCCCAAGAAGAAUUCAAGGGAUGUUUCGCUUUGAAAGCAGCAGACAGGCAUACUUUUGAUACCAAGGUCAAAGUGCAGGCUUGA